GCCGAGGACUCAGCCGCGUCAUAGGUGCCUCUUCUUGCCCUGCUUGGAGAGGAGCUCAUUGGGAAGUCAGAGGACGCCUAAAGCCUGAGUACGAUGCCGUGGUGAUAGGAGCAGGAAUGUUGGUGGUUGACAAAGACAAAGUCAUGUGACUAAAGCCUUCCGGGGCACUACAGUGAACCAUGCUUGGGGAGAACAAGCCAUGUUGCACAGCAGCCAUCCACAUGCCCAGCACGCACCUGGACGGCCGGACACAAUGGGCUGGUGGCUGUGAGUACCUCCCCCUCUGCCCCACUUCAUGACCCCUGGACAUGAGGUUGUCGCCGGAAUGUGAGGAAGCAGGCAGGGUGUGGGCCACAGGAGACAUGGGGAGGCCGGCUAGCCUCCUCUCCAGGGCACUGAUCGGUGGCUGUCAAAUGGAUUUCUUUGGUAGUUAAGGAGAGUAUCAGAGGCUCUCUUUCCUAUCCUCUCCAUAACAUAUGUGCAUUUCCCCCAUGACUUUGGGAGAGUCAGGGAGCUUUCAGAAACAAGAUGAUGAAGAGGUGGGAGCAUAUGUAACUGACAUAGGCUGGGAGACAUGUCAGAGCCUGGAGAGCUGAGGCCUGGUGGGUGGGGCCCUCUGACUGCAGAUGAGGGGGCGGUCCUUGUGUAUAUAGUCCCUGUGCUGCACAGCUGGGUCUCUCCCAUGUGUCACCCUGAAGUACCCAGCAGCCACACAGCCCCAGGUAUACCCUGGAGACAGCGAGGAAGCCAGGCUAGCAGAGGUGGCAGGGCCCUGCCCCAACACCACUGGCUUCUAGGUCCAAAGCUGAGCCAGGUCAGGGCUAUCCUGAGGCUGUGCUUCUCAAACUCUGGUCCCUGUACCCUAGAAAGCUAAAGUGUGUGCUAGAGGUGUUCACAAGACAAGCACGGUACAUCCUCCUGAAGCAGAGGCUGCUCUAGAAUAUCCAUACAGGAGGACUUCACAAUGCUGGGGAGAGGGGGCCGUGAGACUUGCGUGAAAUCUUCAUCCUUUUCCCUGACAUAUUAGUUUUACUUGAACGUUUUACAGGGAGUGCUAUGUAACUCAACUGAUCAGUAAUUUAAAACAUUGAUUUCAUGUUAAUAUGAACACAGGCGCAUCCCCCAGCUCUGCCACUUUCUAUCUGUGAAGGUCAAGGCAAGUCAUUUAGGCUAUCUCAACCACGGUAAAAGAAUAAAAAUGCCCAGUCUCAGAGUUGCCAUAAAGCCAGCAAGUGACGUGCCUUAAGGACCAGCCACACAAAGCCUCACAGAUGGGGACUCUUUGUUAUUGGAGGUUCCUAGCCCAAGGGAGGUUGGUGUCAGUGCCCUCUAGCCGAAGACCCACCCAGACGCAGCCCUGCCAUUCAGGGAGUUGGGUGGUGACUGGCUUGGGGUGGGGGGGGGGGGCGGGAGGCAGCUCAGGAGGAGGGGGUUAAGAAGAGCCUAUUCUAGGAUAUGAACUCUGGUUGGAUGAUCUGGGGGGCAAAAGAGGGGUUUGCUCUACACUGGAUACUGUCAGAGCAGGAAUGCCCCUGCGACUAGCAUCUCGAUAAAUCUUAUCUAUGGGGAGAGGGACCAGUAGGAGGAGAGGAUAACUGGUAAGGAAGCAGCAACCACUAAUUUUGGCCAAGAGAGGGGGCGGUGUUGGGUAUCUUGUGGGUGACCCAGAGCCCUUGUUUUAUGUUUGUACUCAGACAAAAUUGUGAGAUGGGCUUGUUCUGUCCCAUUUAUCAUGGUCUCAGUCUGAGGUUGUCAUUCUGUGAGGCUGCUCAAGUGUGAUGGGAGAGUAUGGUUUACGGCCAAGGGCCAGGCGGCUUCCCAAUGCCAGAGUGGCUUUUUUUCUUCCACACUGAGAUGUGUCAGGAGUAUAGAUCCUGAGUCCAGACCAUCUGGGUUCAAUUCCCAACACCUCUACUCUGUGAGCCUGAGGCAAGCUACCUCCUUUGGGCUCAGUUUCCUCAUCUGUGAAAUGGGGAGAAUCAUAGCGCCCGCCCCUAGGGUUGUGAGGUGGAUUAAAUGGGGUGAUGCACUCACAGGGUCUGGCACAGAGUCAUUGCCAAGUAAACUUUUAAAAACAAGCUUUCUGAGUUACACCGUUUCUGUCGUUAUCUUGGCAGGGAUGGUAGUGGGAGGACCAGCAAUGCAGGUCUGUAGACUCAGGUCCAGUUCAGUUUAACAGAUACUUAUUGAUUUCCCACUAAGUGCUAGGAAAAAUUAAUAAAAUCCCUGCAAUAUUUGUCCCCUCGCCCCCCAAAUAAAGCUGUGCUGUAACUGUAGCUUCCUCUCUUGGGCACAUGCUGUGUGUCAGGGAUCAGUGCGUGAAGCAAGCCAAGGGGGUGUUACCAUCAUCAGGCCCGUGUUUGCACUGGAGGAAACAGGCCAGAUGGAUUAGGUGCUGAGGCCGCUCCAGCAAAAAGAGGAAGUAGAGUUUGGCGCUCUAGCUUGGUGCUCACUGGGCAAGCUCACGCGCCGCCUCUGUGCUUCUGAGGAGGCAUGAGGCUUGCCCUCACCUAGAGGAGAUGGGCACCCUGAGCGGGCCUGGGCAGGGUGCAGUGUGACUUCCCAGAGCCACCCAGGCCAUGCGGGAGGGAAGGUCACCUUCAGCUGGGACAUGGAGGGGCAGGACCAGUCGUGUUGCAUCUUGCAAGACAUCUGGGAAAGUGCGAAUUUACGGAGGAAGCAAGGGGAAUGGCAUCCCCAGAAGCGGGAACAGCAUGAGCCUAGGGGUGGCACGCUGGCCCUGUAGCGAGGACCCUGAGCUGGCAGGUGGGCCCCAGCGAUGAAGGGAAGACCCUGUGUACCCCCCAGGCGGCGUACCUGCAGAGACUGGGGGUGAACACGGCAGUCUUUGAGAGACGCCCAGUGAUUGGAGGUGCAGCUGUCACUGAGGAGAUCAUCCCAGGGUUUAAGUUCUCCCGAGCAUCCUACCUCCUCAGCCUGCUGAGGCCACAGAUUUACAUCGACCUGGAGCUGAAGAAACACGGGCUGAGGCUUCAUCUUCGGAACCCCUACUCUUUCACCCCAAUGCUGGAAGAGGGCACAGGGAACAAGGUCCCCAGGUCCCUUCUUCUGGGCACAGACAUGGCGGAAAACCAGAAGCAGAUUGCCCAGUUCUCGCGGAGAGAUGCGCAGGCCUUCCCCAAAUAUGAGGCAUUCAUGAAUCGGUUGGCAUUAGCCAUAGACCCUCUGCUGGAUGCAGCGCCGGUGGACGCAGAGGCCUUCCAGAGGGGUUCCCUGCUGCAAAGGCUCAAGUCGCUCUCCACCCUCAAACCCCUGCUGCAGGCAGGUCGUGUGCUGGGAGCCCAGCUGCCCCAGUAUUACCAGGUCCUCACAGCUCCAAUUACAAAGGUGCUGGAUCAGUGGUUUGAGUCCGAGCCUCUAAAAGCCACUCUGGCAACGGAUGCUGUGAUUGGAGCCAUGACAAGUCCCCACACUCCGGGGAGUGGGUAUGUGCUGCUACAUCACGUGAUGGGGGGCCUGGAGGGGAUGCAAGGGGCCUGGGGCUAUGUCCAGGGUGGCAUGGGUGCCCUCUCUGAUGCCAUCGCCAGCUCAGCCACUGCACAUGGAGCAAGUGUCUUCACUGAAAAGGCAGUGGCCAAAGUGCAGGUGAGCAGCGAAGGGCGCGUCCAAGGAGUGGUGCUGCAAGACGGCUCGGAGGUGAGGAGUAAGGUGGUGCUGUCCAACGCAUCUCCACAGGUCACCUUCCUGAAGCUGACACCACAGGAAUGGCUUCCUGAGGAGUUCGUGGACAGGAUCUCCCGACUAGACACCCAGUCACCUGUUACCAAGAUCAAUGUGGCUGUCGACAGGCUGCCUGACUUCCUGGCGGCCCCCAAUGCUCCCGGGGGCCAGCCACUGCCCCAUCACCAGUGCUCCAUCCACCUGAACUGUGAAGACACCCUCCUCCUCCACCGGGCCUUUGAAGAUGCCAUGGAUGGCCUGCCUUCCCACAGGCCUAUGAUUGAGCUCUGCAUCCCUUCCUCGCUGGACCCUACCCUGGCUCCCCCCGGCUGCCAUGUUGUCUCGCUCUUCACACAGUACACUCCCUACACGCUGGCUGGAGGCAAGGUGUGGGAUGAGCAGGAGAGAAACGCUUAUGCAGACAAAGUGUUUGACUGCAUCGAGGCCUACGCCCCUGGCUUUAAGGGCUCCGUGGUGGGCAGGGACAUCCUCACACCGCCUGAUCUGGAGAGAAUUUUUGGGCUUCCUGGAGGGAAAACAUGCUGGAAGGAAGAGAACCUUCCUUGGAGAAGGGGAGGGGAAGAAACCUGCAAAGGCACGAAAGACCCUAACACUCCUAUGUCAACGACUGUGGCCCUGCCUCCCGCAGAACAUAUUCCACUGUGCCAUGACCCUGGACCAGCUCUACUUCGCCCGCCCCGUGCCCCUGCACUCCAGCUACCGCUGUCCUCUCCAGGGCCUGUAUCUCUGUGGCAGCGGUGCCCACCCUGGAGGAGGCGUCAUGGGAGCCGCGGGACGCAAUGCAGCCCAUGUCGUCUUCAGAGACCUCAAGAGCAUGUGACCCUGAACCGACUCUGACCCAGGACAAAGAAUCCACCCUUGAGAUGUUAAGUCCCCGUUGGGUCAGUUUCCCAGGAUACGGCAGACAAGCCCUCAUGCUCAAGGCACUAUUUUAGGAGAAAUGUACAGGUUACAUUUGAUACUUGUUAACCUGGUACCCAUGUCUUCAUGAGUGAACCAGUUUUGUGUUAUUAAAAACAAUGUUUUAGGUAA